UUCUGAUUUCAUUGUUUACAGAUCAAUACAGGAAAUCGGAUAAAAAACUUAGAAAAGAAAAUCAUCAGGAAAUGAAGCAAGAAAAAGAAAAAAAAAAUGGCGGGAAAAUUAUAAUGAAAAUUAUCAAUAGCUAGAGACUACAUUAUUUUCCUGAGACAUCUCACAUGAUCCAACCUCUGGGACUUUUUGAUUCCGUGUUUUGUACAGAUUUAAAACAAUGGCAGACAAAGAAAUUCAAAAGUUGAAGGAAGAAAAGGUGGAAGAAUAUGUAACGCUGAAGAAACAAAAGGUGGAAGAAACUCAAAAGCUGAAACAAGAAAAGGAUGACAGAAAAGCAAAUUUUACGUUGAUGAUAUUCACAGGAGCAACAAUGGUUGUCGCAAUUGUCUUGGUAUCUUGGUGUGACGUUACAAAACGUAGCAAAUCCUGUGAUCUCAAGGAAGCCGUGGAAUACCUACGCCUGAAUUUUACUGUAUCUUGUAAAUAUGAAAAUUCUAAGAACAUCAAACAGAUCUGGGGAAUAGGGAUAUCAGCACUUGUCCUGGAUUUCGUUUUUCUCUUUUUGAGCCUGAUUUUAUUGAUCAUUCCUGGUGAAAGACAAAGAACAGCAUAUAUGUAUUUAACUUGCUAUUUCAUGCUGGCCAUACAAUCAUUCGUGUUUUUUGUACUGCUAUUGCUCCAGUACAAAACUAUUGUAGAUUUCAAAACAACUAAAACAAAUACGGAUUAUGGAGAAUUGAAGAGUGCUAUGAAUAUAUCACUAACAUACAAUUUUACUUCGGAUGUUAUAAGCAUCAACGCAAGUACUUCCGACCGUUGGAACAACUUCUUUAUCAAGUACGAUUGUUGUGCUGUAAACCAAGUCACUAGCACCACCAAUGACUUUGACACGACCCCUUGGUGUACUACGUUUGGUUCCUGUCAACAGACAAAUUCUCAAAUUCCGAAAUCUUGUUGUAAAGCAUAUACAGUCUAUGAUUAUGAAAAGGCGCCAGACAGUUGUCAUGCUGAAGUGAAACCUGGAACCUAUAGAGAUAGCUGUUUUACUCGUGUUAAGAUGUUGGAUGACUUUGCCAUUACAGAUAACCAGAUAGAUAUAAUAGCUACCAUAUCCUUAACCUUGGGGAUUUUGAAAGUUGUUGGAAUCAUCCUGGCUGUUGGGAUAUUUCUGGGACUCUGCAGUAGGAAGACAACUCAAAAUUGUAAAACAAACCACGGUGAUCAAUGUUUAGAUGCAAUUCCAACAGAGAAUAACAAACCAAAUGACUUAUGAUGAGUUUUUAUCUGAGAAAUAUAGCUUUAUAUCAAUAAAUCACACUACCUUUUGUAAGGAUACGAUUUUUAGGAAGAAAUUAUAGCUUUACAUCAACAAACCUCACUAUACCUUUUGUAAGGAUGUGAUCCUAACGAAGAAAUUAUAGCCUUAAAACGUGAUUUUUUAGAAAAUAAAAAUUAUGCAAUGUUAUAUAUUUAAAAUGUAACAUCUAAUUUUUUAACAUAAAAAAACAUUUUUUUAUUUUGAAAAAAAAUAUCAAGGUACUUUAUAACAGCAUUUUUUAAACUGUUAUCAUUUUUUUUCACCCCUUAUCCACAUCAUAACUCCUCUUUGACUGGUAGACAAGAGGCUUACUCCCAAAAACACCUGACCAAUUUUGCACUGGAAAUCGAUGAACUAGACUUUAAGAUAUUAAAAGCUUCAUAUUCACAUUUUCCGUCAACGAAAAAAUUGCAGAUUCACCCGAAAAUUUGAUAAUGGAAUUGAUUUAAAUACCGAGAAUCUCUACUUUCAACCAUGCAAAAAUUAUUAUAGUGCCCCC